AGUUAACCUAACCUUUUUCUGAUCAUUCCUAGAAAAGAGGACAUAUAUAUUAUUUAUAAUAAUACAUUAAAGAUGACCUCUCGAGAGAUCUUCAGUCAAUCAAUUAUUUGAUCGAAUUUGAUUGAAAUUAAAUCUGCAUCUCUAUAUUAUAGUAGAUAUAAUAUAUUCCGUAUUUAAAGGAUAUUCGAAAGGAUAUUUGGAUGAUUUGUACAACGUAACCAGUGGCUUUUCUAUGCAUUUAAGAAAAUAAUUGUCACGGUAUAUAUAUAUAUUUCAUCUCUUAAACAUUUUUAAUCAAUCGAAAGAUUUGCAAUGAAAAUAAUCAAUGUGUAAAAAAUGUGCAAUGAAAGUUUAUCAAGAUGACUAGGAAAUAUGGUAUUAGCGUGCAAUAUAUUACAUAUGGAUGCACGCACACAUGAUAUUGGAAAUAAAGUAAUAACAUUAAUUAUAUCAUAUUUGUGAUUUAGUCGUAAUGACGAUAACUAUGCGUAUCGGUGUUAAUAAUCAUUGGAUAGAAAAGAUUCUUCCUUACAAUAGCAUAAUAAAUUUAUUAGUUUUUCGUUCGGUGCAGUUUAAAUCUUGCGCAUAUUCGAACACAAAAACACAUUAUGAUACAUUGGAAAUCUCACCGGACGCUACUAAAAUACAAAUAAAAUCGGCAUAUUAUAAAUUGAGCAUGCAAUAUCAUCCAGAUAAAAAUGAUUCAGAACUAGCGAAAAGAAAAUUUCAAAAUAUUUCAGAAGCAUACGAAGUAUUAUACAAUUAUCAAACGCGCAAACGUUAUGACAGAUCUAUUCUAGUCAAGCAAAACAUUCAGAAAAAUAUUCCAAAAACCAAUUAUACGUAUGCUUCUACCUAUAACAGUAAAAUAAAUCCUAUGGGAAAUAGAUAUUUUAAUUUUGAUGAAUGGACUCGUCAACAUUAUGGCGAAACGUUUAGUAAAAGAAAAAAGACAGAGAACAUUAUCAAAACGAAUAUAAAAAUUAGUGAAGAAAAAGAAAACUUCCAGGAUAGGUUCAUUAUAUUUAGUGCAGUAUUUAUCGUAAUAAUUUAUUUAAUUAUUCAAUUAAACACACAUGCCAAUUAUGAUGAACCGAAAAAAAAAAAUUAACACAAAAUCUAGUUUAAAAUAUAUUGCGACAUAGUAGAAUUAUCCAAAAGUAGUAAUUUUAUUUUAAGUUAAACUUAGAUUACUAGUAUAUGGAGCACACCUACAUAUAAUGUAAAUUAUUGUAGAUAAUUACAUUUGAAAAAAGUA